GGCCCCACAGCAGAAAUACUGCUACAACGCGGCAGCUGUGCGCAAUAUCACAUAUAUAUACGUAAUUUUGUAUUUCCGGGUAGGGGGCACGCGCGGUGCCCGUUCUCCUCCGUCAGCUCCUGCACACUGCUUUGCAUGGUUGCGCAUAGCACAGCCAUGCAAAGCAGUGUGCUUACAGUGAAGCACAAACACAGAACUUAAUGUAAAACAGCACACAGUUAACCCUUUCAUGCCCAGUGCCAUUAGUACAGUGGCAGUGCUUUUUAUUAGCACUGAUCACUGUACUGGUGUCACUGGGGAUGUCAGUGGCACCAAGUCCAUUCCCCCCAGUAUUAGAAUGCCCGCCGCAGUCCCGCUAUAA